UAAUGGCCGUGAAAUUUACUAUCCCACGCCUCCUUCCUCCUACUAGGAUUUUAUAUCCUCUUCCCCCGUUUAGAUCAAUAAACAAAACAACAAACAUUGUUUCCUCUCUAUUUCUCUCGAAACCAAAAAGAAAAAAAAAAAUUUUAACUCGUAAAAGUCCCUCUCUUAAACGUCUCUGAUACAAUCACCAGAAUCCUUCAAAAAAUAAAAUCCAUACAUCUGAAAAUUAUAAUUUCUCUAUAUUUAUUUUUUCCUUGCUCGAAAGAUAGUUUGCUGAGGAAGACUAUUUUUUUUUCUUUUAAUCUUUACAAAUUAGGCAGUUAAAAAAAAUGAAAGUUAUUUUUCGUUUUCUCUGUGUAGGAAAUUAUUUUCAUUAGCGUGCCUUUAUCUGCAAGUAAUGUGAAUUUACUUAAAAUUUUCUUUUUGGUGGUGAUCUGUUGGAGAGGAAUUUUUUUUGGAGAUAAUUAAAGUUCAAAGCAUGAUUUGUUGGUGAAAAUUAAGAAAAAUUAAAAAAAAAAAAGGUUUCUGUUUUGUUUGAAAAAAAAAAAUGAAGCGGUCUAGAGAUGAGGUUUACAUCGGCGGCUCUCAACUUAAAAGACCGGUGGUUUCUUCUCGAGGAGAAGGCCCUGGGCAACAGCAGAUGGUGGGGGGGACUGGAGCUACUCAGAAACUGACGACAAAUGAUGCAUUGGCGUAUCUCAAGGCUGUUAAAGACAUAUUUCAAGAAAAAAGGGAGAAAUAUGAUGACUUUCUUGAAGUAAUGAAAGACUUCAAGGCUCAAAGAAUUGACACUGCGGGUGUCAUAGCAAGGGUGAAGGAGUUAUUUAAAGGUUACCGAGACCUAAUAUUGGGUUUCAAUACCUUUUUGCCAAAAGGAUAUGAGAUCACCCUCCCACUAGAGGAUGAACAACCUCCCCAAAAGAAGCCGGUGGAGUUUGAAGAAGCUAUCAAUUUUGUGAACAAGAUUAAGACAAGGUUUCAAGGUGAUGACCGUGUCUAUAAAUCAUUUUUAGACAUUUUGAACAUGUAUAGAAAAGAAAACAAAUCUAUCACUGAGGUCUAUCAGGAGGUUGCUGCUCUUUUCCAAGAUCACCCUGAUCUGCUUUUGGAAUUCACUCAUUUUCUGCCUGAUACCUCAGCAACAGCCUCUAACCAUUGUACUUCCUCUGGUAGAAAAUCUUUCCCCCGAGAUAGGAGUUCUGCUAUGCCUGGAAUGCAUGCAGUGCCUGCUGACAAGAAUGAUAGGACUACUGCUCCACAUGAUGGCCAUGACCUUGGUGCGGAACACCCUGAUCCAGAUCAUGAUAGAGUUAUGAUGAAAGCAGAAAAAGAGCAAAGGAGGCAUGGUGAAAAAGAAAGGGACAAGAGAGAAGACAGAGAUAGGAGAGACCGGGAACAUGAUGAUCAAGACUUCGAAAAUGAUGGCAGCAGAGACUUCAACAUGCGGUUUCCACACAAACGGAGCGGGAAACCUGCUCAUAGGGGUGAAGACUCAAUUGUUGAACAAUUUCAUCAAGUUGGGGAUGGCCCUGCAUAUGAUGAUAAAAAUGCAAUGAAAAGUGUGUAUAAUCAGGAGUUUGCUUUCUGCAAUAAAGUGAAGGAGAAGUUACAAAGUCCUGAUGAUUAUCAGGAAUUCUUGAGGUGCCUUCAUAUCUAUAGUAAUGAAGUAAUCUCACGCCCACAAUUGCAAUUACUGGUUAGUGAUUUACUUGGAAGAUACCCAGAUCUGAUGGAUGGUUUCAAUAAAUUUUUGGUGCAAUGUGAGAAGAAUGGCUUGCUUGCUGAUUUUGUUAGUGAAAAGUUCUUGCGGAAUGAAGGACAGUUACCUAGAUCAGUUAAUAUGGAGGACAGGGAUAGAGAUCGAGAUCGUGGGAGGGAUGAUGGUGUCAAAGAUAGAGACCGUGAAACUCAGGAAAGGGAUAGACUUGAUAAAAGUUCCUUUGGCAAUAAAGAUGCAGGAACUCAUAGGGUUUCUUUAUUUUCCAGCAAGGAUAAAUACAUGGGAAAACCCAUUAAUGAACUUGACCUCUCUAACUGUGAACGGUGCACUCCUAGUUAUCGACUUCUUCCCAAGAAUUAUCCAAUACCUUCUGCAAGCCAGAGAACAGAGCUAGGCUCUGAAGUUCUCAAUGAACAUUGGGUUUCUGUCACUUCUGGGAGUGAGGACUACUCUUUCAAACACAUGCGCAAAAACCAGUAUGAAGAAAGCCUCUUUCGAUGUGAAGAUGACAGGUUUGAACUGGAUAUGUUGUUAGAGUCUGUGAACGUAACGACCAAGCGAGUAGAAGAACUGUUAGAAAAAAUUAACAAUAAUACCAUCAAAAUAGACAGUCCAAUUCGCAUCGAGGAGCACUUUACAGCUCUGAAUCUUAGAUGCAUUGAACGUUUAUAUGGUGACCAUGGACUUGAUGUGAUGGAUGUAUUAAGGAAGAAUGCCCAUCUUGCUUUGCCAGUUAUUUUGACCCGCUUGAAACAGAAACAAGAAGAAUGGGCUAGAUGUCGUUCUGAUUUUAGUAAAGUUUGGGCUGAAAUCUAUGCUAAGAAUUAUCAUAAAUCGCUUGACCACCGUAGCUUCUAUUUUAAGCAGCAGGACUCCAAGAACUUAAGCACAAAAGCUCUGUUGGCUGAGAUCAAAGAAAUCAGUGAGAAGAAGCGCAAAGAAGAUGAUGUGCUUCUUGCUAUUGCUGCUGGCAACAGACGACCUGUUGUUCCAAAUUUGGAGUUUGAAUAUCCUGAUCCUGAAAUUCAUGAAGAUCUUUAUCAGCUCAUCAAAUAUUCCUGUGGAGAAAUGUGUACAACUGAACAAUUGGAUAAAGUAAUGAAAAUAUGGACUACCUUCUUGGAACCAAUGCUUGGUGUUCCUUCCCAUCCUCAGGGAGCGGAGGACACCGAAGAUGUUGUGAAGGCUAAGAACAACAAUGUAAAAAAUGGUAGUGCUAAUGUUGUUGAGAGUGAAGGGAGCCCUGGUGAUGGUACUGUUGCCAUGGAUUCCAAACAUUCAAAUCCUUCCAGAAAUGGAGAUGAAAUUAUUCCACCUGAGCAAUCAAGUUCUUAUAAGAUGUGGUUGUUGAAUGGGGAUAAUGGUGUCAAACAAGAUGGUCCCACCGAUAUGGAUCGUGUUGGUUAUAAGAAUGAUUCCUCCUGUGAUGCUCCUCAACAAGAUAGAAUGCAGCAGGUUAAUCCAGCUAAUGGUGAUGAAAGAUCAGGGGUCAGUAAACAAGCCAGUUCUGGUGAACAAUUAAUUAAUUCGAAUGCAUCUCUUGCUGCUGGAGUGGAGCGAAGGAAUGGAAAAACUAGCAUAGAGAAUACUUCAGGUCUUAGUGCCAAUCCUUACAGACCUGGUAACACUGCUGGUGGACCUGAGUUAAAGUCAAGUAACGAAAAUUUACCUUCAUCAGAGGGUGGCGAUUGUUCUAGACCAAUCUUAUCUGGAAAUGGGAUGAUGACAGAAAGCAUUAAAAGUCACAGAUAUAACAAAGAAUCUGUUGGACAACUUAAGGUUGAAAGGGAAGAAGGUGAGUUAUCCCCAAAUGGGGAUUUUGAGGAAGAAAAUUUUGCCGAUUAUGGAGAAGCUGGUUUGGAUACCACCUGUAAGGUGAAAGAUGGUGCAGCAAACAGUCAAUACCUGAGACAUGGAGAGGAAGAAGUGUGCUGUGGAGAGGCUGAGGGAGAGAAUGAUGCUGAUGCUGAUGACGAAGGUGAGGAAAGUGCUCAGAGGACAUCAGAGGAUAGUGAGAAUGCUUCUGAGAAUGGUGAGGUUUCUGGAAGUGAUUCUGGUGAAGGUGAAUCGAGGGAGGAGCGAGGGGAAGAUAUAGACCAUGACGAACAUGAUAAUAAACCAGAGAGUGAAGGUGAGGCUGAAGGGAUGGCUGAUGCCCAUGAUGUGGAAGGAGAUGGAACAUUGUUACCAUUUUCAGAACGAUUUCUACUAACUGUAAAGCCCCUCACAAAGCAUGUCCCUUCAGCAUUACAUGAGAACGAGAAGGAUUCGCAGGUUUUUUAUGGAAAUGACUCAUUUUAUGUGCUUUUUAGGCUUCACCAAACAUUAUACGAGAGAAUACAAUCAGCAAAGAUUAAUGCAUCAUCUGCAGAUAGGAAAUGGAGGGCUUCAAGUGAUCCAAGUCCUACUGAUCUCUAUGCCAGGUUCAUGAGUGCACUGUACAAUUUACUUGAUGGCUCUUCCGAUAAUACAAAAUUUGAGGAUGAUUGCCGAGCUAUCAUUGGAACUCAGUCAUAUGUUCUAUUCACGCUGGAUAAGCUGAUAUAUAAACUUGUCAAACAGCUUCAAGCCGUUGCAAGUGAUGAAAUGGACAAUAGGCUUCUUCAACUAUAUGCAUAUGAGAAAUCAAGAAAAUCUAGAAGUUUUGUUGAUGUUGUUUAUCAUGAAAAUGCUCGUGUUCUCCUUCAUGAUGAGAAUAUAUAUCGUAUUGAAUGUUCAUCCACACCAACUCGUCUUUCCGUCCAGCUUAUGGACUAUGGGCAUGAUAAGCCUGAAGUGACAGCUGUUUCCAUAGACCCUAAUUUUGCAGCAUAUUUGCACAAUGACUUUCUCUCUGUUGUUCCCGAAGAAAAAGAGAAGCCUGGGAUUUUCUUGAAGAGGAAUAUACGCAAAUGUGGGGGUGGUGAUGAGCUUUCUUCAACAUGCCAGGCGACGGGACUUAAAGUAGUUAAUGGUUUGGAGUGCAAGAUUGCUUGCAAUUCUUCCAAGGUCUCUUAUGUUUUGGAUACGGAAGAUUUUUUGUUCCGAGUGAGACAGCAGCCAGCCUCGAAUCAGAACAGUCCACGCCAUAACCGGGCAACGGUUUCAAAUGGUGAUUCCAUCAGACUACAAAGGCAACAGCGAUUUCAGAGAUUUCUUCUGGCAUAGACUUUAGUGGCAUAGAUGUGGUACGUCCGAAUCCAUUUGCUGCCAUAUUCUCUUUGCUCAGAAUUAAAGGACGGUAAAGAAACGGAACUAUAUUAAUUUCUCGUAAGAGUUAAAUCCAAUUUUUUAUAUUCCAAAUUAAAUAUCUCAAGGUUAAAAAAAAAAAAAAUCCCCGUACAUUUUUGCUUCAGAUUUGUUUGUUUUGUCAGUUGGCUUUUGCAUGGGAUGGAAAGAGUUGACCUUAGUGCCACAGUAAGUGGAAAUGUAGAAUCAUAUCUCUAUCUCACCAUCCAAAUAAGAAAUAUUGAUGAAAAAGGGAUGAGGGCUCAAAAGUUAUGUCGUGUACAUAGAGGUAGUAUCUGACUGGUGUAAUACCUGAGAUAUUUGUUCAAUAUCCAUUCAUCUAUAUAUUUUUUUUGCUCCCACCGACAUCUUAGGCUCUUCUGCUUUUGGAAAAAUAUUUGAUGAAACAUGCACUGCAUCAGUUCUGUUAUUUUGUUAUUGACGUGCAUAUCAGCUGUACUGUACACUUGCAAAAAUUGAGUAAAUUUUUUAUUUUGCCGCGUCAUCAUAUCAUAUAAAAAGUAGAUAUAAUAGAAAAGGCAAAAGGU